CGCUCCACCAGCAACGAGUAAACAGACAUCCAGGAUGAAUAGGAUGUCGUAAGGCGCUAAGUUUUCCAUGUUAACCGCCGUAAACGAUACGCAGCGACACCGAAACUUGCGGUGGUUAUUUCCUAAACGCAGAAAGUGACUGGAAAGGGCGCACUGAACGUCAAAGCGUUUGUAACAUUACAAUGGCAGCCGAGCAGCUGCGGAAUAAGAUGAUGCCAGAGCUAUGUUAAGCUAGCAUGCUAAGCUAAAUGCUAGCGACGGUCGAGCAAAGUUGGUUUUUGGAAUGGUAGUGCGCCGCGCGAGCUCCUCUGGACAUGUCAGCCGGAGCAGGAGCCGCUUCAGGCGGCUCUCUAGAGUCAACGUUAGACAGGAAGCUUCAGGGUGUCUCAAACACCAUGGAGUCGAUUCAAGGACUGUCAACGUGGUGCAUCGAUAAUAAGAAGUACCACAGCCUGAUUGUACGACACUGGAUGAAGUGCUUGAAGAAAUCUGAAUCCCCACACAGGCUCAACCUUAUCUACCUGGCCAACGAUAUCAUUCAGAACUGUAAAAGGAAAAAUGCCAUUGUUUACCGUACGGCAUUUGCAGAGGUGCUUCGAGAUGCCUUCCAGCUGGUCAACCUUGAUGGUGACCCUAAGGUUAUUAAAUCAGUGGAGAGGAUAUUGUCCAUCUGGGAGGAGAGGGGAGUGUAUUCAGGGACGCUGAUUACUGAACUCAAGAGUAUCUUGGUCAAAGAGGAGUCACCUCCUGAGACACCCGUGGAGCAAAAAACUCCAGUUGAGUCUAAAGCAGAUCUACGGUCCAAGGUUCUUGCAGAGUUUGUGCCUCAGGCACUAAUGGAUGAACUGUCGAAGUACAAGAGAUCUGUGGAGGAGGUUGACAUGAGAGAAAAACAACUGGCAGCUAUGAGGGUUGACAUCUGCAGCUCUGUGGCCCUUAAGAAGCUCAAAGAUAAGGCCGGAGGAAAGAAGUUUUCCAAGGAUUUCGAGGAAGGAAGUGCACAACUACAGGAGUUUGUCAAGUUCCUUGACAAACAAUGCAAAGCAGGGCCUCCUCUAAUGGAGGCCCUCAGCAACGCAGAUAUCUUCUACGAGAUGCAGUACAAGGAGGUCAAGAUUGUUGCCAAUGCCUACCAGACAUUUGCAAACAGGGUGUCCCACCUUAAGCGCAAGCUGGAUGCCCUGAAGGCCAACUUGCCAGACCUGGACGACUCGCCCAUCCCCUCACCCUCUGCAGAUGCACCGUCUCCAACUGGCUCAGAGUCCCCUUUUCAUGGUCUGGGAUUGGCUGACCCCGAUCCAGAUCUUGAUGGCUCUGCUAUGGAGGAUGAGGCAGAGCCACCGGCACCGAGCCCUCUGUCCUCACCAGGAGGAUCUCCUAAACGCAUGGGGACACUUGGGGAGAAUGACAAUCGUGAAGUGGAAGACAUGGAGCUUUCUGAUGAAGAAGUGGACAGCAUGGGUAUAAUUGUCGAAGACCAGAUCAAAUCCACCAACCUGGAGGUGUCUACUCCACUCCGUGCAAAACCUGAGCCAUCAGUGACAACAGAGCAGCCUAUCGCACAGGUCACACCUCCUGUAGUACCUUCUGCAGCAGCUUUGGAAAGUGUUGAUCUGGCUAAAAUUGGUUCAAUCCUCAACAGUUUAAGCUCAGUCAUGAAGAACACAGUACCAUUAGUGGAGAGUCCACCUGCAGCAGCCCCUGCUUUGUCCUCAUUGAAGACCACACCUGCUCCAUCUGUGGCUGCUCAGGAUCCCAGUUCCCUGGUAAACCUUCUUUCCGAGGUCGAUAUGAGUCCUGCAGACCUCCUCGGUGCGCUCUCCAAAGUCCAGGGCCAGGGCAGCUUCGAUGGCAUCGCUUCUCUCCUGAGCAGCCCAGCUACAAAUGUCUCCUCAGACUCCUCCAGUACAGGCAAGGUUCCACCUUCUCCCUCAUCCACAUCUGCAUCAGCAGUGCCCUCUCAGAGCCCAUCUCUCUCCUCUGUUACACCUUCAGGCAGCUCCACUAUGAGGCAGAGCACAAGCUCCCAAAAGACCCCUCAGGCAUCCAACCCAGCCUCUGCCCUGGUGCAGGCUCUCCAUACAGACAUGGAGUUGACAACAGAGCCUGAAACGUCCUUGUCUUCCAAGAGUUUAGAGUCUAAAAUCCACAGCUUCCUGCAGGGGAACCCAGCUUUUAGUGCAUUUGACUUGGAUUUCUCUUCACACCCAGUGCAAGGUGGCGAUACCCUCAGUCCAGUAACUGCGGCAGACACGCAGGGUGGGACUCCAGUGCGGGACGAGGGCGGAGGUACACCAACUCAAGAUGAGAUCAUGGACAAGCCUGCUGUAGCUUCGUUGAUUUCCAACACAAAUCAGUCAUCUAUUGGAGAAACUUUUGAAACGGCUCCUGUUGCAUACCAAAAGAACAGUCAGCAGAACUCCAACAAUUCCCAACAGCAAGCUCAUCUGCAACCAGAUGUGGCUCAGAACGGGCAGGUCUACCAGCCGUACCCAUAUGGCAAACAGGAAACGUCGGAGCAUGGCAUCACUGCACCUGUUGCACAUUACCAGCAGAUUUCUGCAGAAACUGGAGGGCCAGUGCCUGGAGAAAGAGCCCCGGGCAUUGCCAAUAGCACACAGACAGCUGAAGGCUUUCGGCGGGGUAGAGAAGGGGGUUGGUAUGGUGAUGUUUACCCAGAGGGGAACUCUCAGCAACCCGGAGGCUUCAAUGUGAUGGUCCCUGGAGGGGCUGGAGAAAACAAGACAUCAGGACUUUAUCCAUACCAAGUCAUGCAACCUCAUGAGUUAGGAUCCCAGCAGGGCGCCUCUGCACCACCUGAUUACUUCAGAAACAACCUCCCCCCUAUCCCGAAGUUCCCUCCACCUCCUCAUACUUUUAAGGUACCUCCUCCUGUCCCCAGUGGCGCGAUGAUUCCCCAAGGACAGCAGCCAAUGCCCCGUACAAACACAGGGGAGGCGCAUGGGUCCGGAGUCAGUAGUGUCAUCAGUGGGAUGGUGGUCCACGACCAUCAACACAAAUCCAUGUUUCAUUCAGAUGAUCCGCCGUAUGACCGACCUCGCCCUCCUCACCCUGAGGAUUUUCGCCCUCCUCGCCCUGAGGAUUUACGUCAUCACCCAGAGAAUCUGCAUUACCAGGAAGAACCCGAGUUUUACCACGAUAACCACCGCCGUCCCGAUGCCCCCUUCUUUCAAGAAGAGCCUUACCACCACACAGAGGAACCAUAUUACAGGCCAGGCAGCCCUCCACAGCACUACCCCAGAGUUCGAGCGCGCCUGACUCCCCCUCUCUCACCCUCAGAGGACCCAUACUUCGCACACGACUACCAACGUCACAGCCCCCCUCCUCCACACUAUGCUCCACGGAGACCGCCACCUCAUCCUGAAAUACGUCAUCCUGGUAUGCGGCCUCCCCUUCGGCCUCCCCACUCUGCACACCACCCACGCCCCAUAGGACCCCCACGGGCACCAUUUCCUCGGUUCCAUGGCCCCGAUCCAAGGAUGAGAGGCAAACGCCCAGGUCCAAGAGGAGGGGGCCCUAUGUUCGCGCCAAAAAGACCAUUUCCACCCCCACGAUACUGACCAGACAUGUAGCUUUGAACUCUUUAAAACACUGUGGAUGUCAUGAAGGCGGGGGCAGGACUUUAAGACUUGUAAUUUCCUCAGCGUUGAGCCCCACACCGGUCAUAAAAGUCUGAAAUGGAAAAUGUGUGUGGUGCAAGGUGGGCAUCAGGAGACAAAGUUUGACUGAAGAAGAAUUAAUUCAGCAGCUGCCAGGAGAAAAACAAACAGCGAAGAGCAUGGAGGAGAACUAGAGACAACACCACGAGAUGUAAAAGAGGUCGGAGGCUCUGAGAGGGCUGCUGAGCUGAGGAGCGAAGACAGAAGAUUAAAGAAAAUAAGAGGUGGAUAUAUAUAAUUCACUUUUUGUGUUAUUUGCUCCAGUAUGAAGCAUUGCAUUAAGUAUGUAAUUUAGUGUCAGUUUUUUAGAGGUCAGAGUGUGUGCAUGUUAUGCGGGUGAGCAUGCGGUCGAGUCUAAAUCAACCAGUCCCAGAUUUUGGAUCCGAAGCUAAUUUUUUGCUAAGAGAGCGAGAAAAAGAAUGUAGUCGAUGCAAUGUUUCUGCUGUUAUUUAGUUUUUCAGUGAGCAAUUUUUCUUCCUCCACGUCAGCAGUGCUAUCGCAGUAACUUUUUGCUAAAACGUUAAUUUAAAUUUCACCUGAUAAACAGAGUGUAUGUUAUAGAAUUUAUGUUCCUUCUACAAUACACGUUUGUUCCAACUCCGAAUGUUAUAUUUGUAAAGCGAUACACUCUUUCACGGCGCAAGAUCCCUUUCGGCGUUAGAUUUCCGUCUCGCAGAGCGGCACAAGUCUAAGCGAUGGGAGAAAGACGUGUGAGAGUAAUUUUUUUCAGCCUCCAACACCGACGCAGACGAAGCACGUUUUUGGAGGGGAUGAAGAUACUCGGGCUUCAGUUUCAUUUUACUUGUACUGACUAAUAAAAAUCUGAGUUUGAAAAAC